AUGAAAAUAUCGACAGAAGUUGGGGACUCUAUACCUCCUAAUACUAAGCACGCAGUGUCUGUUUGCCUUCCAACAUGGGAAGCUACGGUUGGAUAUGAGGAAGGUGAAAGUUGGGUUGUGGAAAAGAUGACAACUGGGUAUCCCAGGUUUUUUAUACACAAGUCAAUUCAAAGACUAUGCAAUGUGUUAAAGGAAAAAUAUGCAAAGCAGGACGAGACGUGUCUUGUGUUCCCCAGUUAUGAAGUGGCAAAGCGAUGCCGUGAAUUUUGCAAAGUUAAGAAUAAGGAUACUUUAAGAAAUAAGAUCAGAAUAUUGCAGUUAGCCACCUCCAAACCUUUGAACAAAGAAGAAGAAUCAUGGAGAAGAGAAUGUAAAAUUGCUGUAGUAUUUGCUAAAUCCGAGCUGUAUCCACUAUUGAAGCAAUACUGGCAACAUAGUGGUGAAAUUAUAUCAUCCAGAUUGGCAGAGUACGUGUUAGACGAAUUAUUUGAAGUUGAAAAUAAAGAUGGUAAAAUGGUCGCCAAGCAAGGUGAAGAGUUUGUUGAACGUAGAUUUGGCAGAAGUUUAGAUUUUUCAUAUGCCAAUAGAGCCAAAUUACUAAUCAAGAGACGUAUUGCGAGGAAAGUAGUGGACGUCGAAGAGGAUGAUGAGCAACCCACACAGACCAAUGACGCUAACAGUGUCAAUCAUAAUUCUUUGACGAGAGUGAAUGUCAUCCACGAGGAACAAGAUGGUACUUCGACAUUUGAUCACACAGCUGACUCUUCUGCUGAAGAUAUAGUCAGAGUGCAGUUCUUAGGUGCUGAUGAUGAUGACGAUGACGGUAAUUUUGUUGAUAUGGACCAAAACUCUACGAUUCCUGCAGAACCAUUUGAUGAAGUUGAAUUUGAGCAAAUCAAUAUAUCUCCGCCUUCACCAGAACGUGAGAGGACAGAUCCUAUUUCGCUGACAGAUGUAAUAGAGUCUCAGAACGUGUCCUCUUCAAUUCAUCUAAACCCUGAACGGGACGUGUUUUUGUUCCCAAGUGGUAUGGCUUCGAUUUUUACUGCACAUAGAUUAUUGUUAGAGCUUGAUUCCAAGCGAGUUAAACGCAAUAACGUUAAUACCUCCGCAAAUACUCCGAUUGGAUACGGUGGUGCGUAUAAGAAAACUGUCAUGUUUGGGUUUCCAUAUACUGACACAUUAAGCAUUUUGAGAAAGUUUAAUCAUACCCAUUUCUUGGGACAAGGUGAUUCUCAGGCUAUGAACGAAUUGAAAGAGAUUCUUCAUGGUGGUGAGCAAAUUUUGGCGGUAUUUAUUGAGAGUCCAUCGAAUCCUUUGCUCAAGAUGGGUGAUCUUGUGGAAUUGAAAAGACUCUCAGAUCUAUACGGUUUCUACAUAGUCAUUGAUGAGACUGUUGGUGGGUUCUUGAACAUUGAUGUACUACCUUACGCGGAUGUAGUAUGCAGUUCAUUGACGAAAAUUUUCAGUGGUGAUUCCAAUGUCAUGGCCGGGUCCAUUGUCUUGAAUCCCAGAUCGAGAUUAUACGAGUUUGCCACGACUAUGUUACAUUUGACUGAAAAAUGGUACGAGGACUUAUUGUGGUGCGAAGAUGCUAUCUGUCUCGAGAGAAAUUCAAGAGAUUUCAUAUCGCGUAGUAUAUUGGUGAAUGAAAAUACAGAGUCGUUAUUGGAAAAGGUGAUCUUACCACAGCAAGGAGAGGGGAAAUUGUUCAAGAAGGUUUUCUAUCCAAAAUACACCAACGCUGAAACGAAAAAGAAUUAUGACCAAGUAAAAGCAAAAACUGCAGGAAGUGGAUAUGGUGGAUUGUUUUCAGUGACGUUUUACAACAUCGAGCAGGCUAAGAUGUUUUUCAAUUCCUUGAACUUGUGUAAGGGACCGUCAUUAGGGACCAAUUUCACACUAGCAUGUCCUUAUACAGUCCUAGCACAUUACCAAGAGAUGGAAGAGGUGGCCAAGUUUGGCCUUGAAGAUAAUCUUGUAAGAGUUUCGGUGGGACUUGAAAGCAAACAACACCUUGAAAAAGUGUUUCAAACCGCCAUCGAUGCAGCUUUAACUGUUCAAUAA